GCUCUGAUGUUCGGCUGAAAGAGUUGAAAAGCAUUUCACUGGAGAAAAAAUAGCCAAAGUACUUGGAUAUAAGUAAUAGGAGAAUUAGGAAAAACUGAGCUUCAUGCAAGCUCCCUAAUCAUUGAUUUUUCGUUCAUUUAUUUGUCACAUUGUUUUUAAAUAUAUCCGAGAGAUGGCACUGACGAACCGGAAUUGUGACGUCAUUCAUCGCCAUCUGGACAUUUUAAAUGUCAUUUUUCAGUCCUUUUUUAAUAAAAAUAAAGAUUUGAAAAAUUUCACCUUGAAUUUAGCCACAAUUUGACGUAAAAAAAUAAAAAAAUUCACCAAAAUAUCGCUAUUCGGUCACAGUAACAGUCAUUCACCCAUUUGAAUAUUUCCCGCCAAUUUCAUGAGUUCCCAUUCGUGCCCUCUUCAGUCCAAUCCCAGAAGUUCCGAAGGCGAUAUACAAAAAUCGAAGGCUAAAACGUUUAGCCGUGUGUGAGUGAAAAAACAGUAAAAAAUUGGUUAAAACCGAUAGAUAAGCAAUUAAAACCCUUAACAAAUUCAUAUUUGCGACCUGAGUAGUCUCCACCUUCAAAAUAUCUCCAGAAAUGUGAAUAUAACAUAAAAUCGCAGAACUUUCAGAAUUAACCUCAAAAGAUAAACUUCAUGAUUUUAAAAAAUCCAAAAAAUUGAUGAAAUUAUUGAUGAUCCAUUGAUUAUCGAGUAAUUCGGUGAUAAUGGCACACGAUAAGAAGGCGCCUCGUCGCAGUAGAUCCCGCGAGCGUGAUCGGGAUGUCCACAGAGACCGGCGGGAGCGUCGCAGGUCCCGAAGUCGUUCCAAGGACAGAAAGACCUCGAGGAAAAGAUCUAGAUCGCGAGAGCGAUCCCCUCGGGAGCGUCCACACGAGUCGAGGGGCUCCAAUAGCGCCUCGAAGUCGUCCUCGACGCCUCACGACUCCAAGAAACGAAAGCAGAGCCCUAUCUUCAGUCUUGAUGACAGGGAGAAGGAGAAACGAGAGGAUAAAGCGAAGAAUUCCCAUCAGACUCCUGAGGAUAGCGAGGCAGAGGGUGAUAAAAAGAUUCCGAAGAAGGAACCACUGAGUCUCGAGGAGAUUCUGGCGAAGAAGAAGGCUGAGGAGGAGGCGAGGGCCAAGCCGAAGUUCCUGACGAAGGAGGAGAGAGCAGCGCAGGCACUCGAGAAACGACAGCAGGAGGUAAAUGCCCUUCGUCAGGCUCAGGAGUCAGAACGCAAGGCCCUUUUCACGGCUCAAGGUCCCUCCAAUGACCUCAGCUCCUCUCACCCCUCAGGAUCCUCCUCAACUCCUAGUAAAGAUCGAGAGUGGGAGGAUAAUCGUGAUAAACGAAGGGAGAAACGAGAUCACGAGGAGGUGAAGGACAAGGACAAGGAGAAGGAGGUUGAGGCGAUAAAGGAGAGGUACCUCGGUCUCAUCAAGAAGAAGAGGCGAGUGAGACGCUUGAAUGACCGUAAAUUUGUGUUCGAUUGGGACACGUCUGAAGACACAUCGGUGGACUACAAUAAUAUUUACAAAGAGCGUCACCAGGUCCAGUUCUUCGGGCGGGGAAAUCUCGCGGGGAUCGACAUCAAGGCUCAGAAGAGGGACCAGAGCAAGUUCUAUGGGGAGCUGCUGGAGAAGAGGAGGACUGAGGCUGAGAAGGAACAGGAGAAAAUGCGACUGAAGAAGGUGAAGAGGAAGGAGGAGAAGCAGAAGUGGGACGAUCGACACUGGUCGGAGAAGGCUAUAGAGGAGAUGACUGAGAGGGAUUGGAGAAUAUUCAGGGAGGAUUAUAAUAUUACUAUUAAAGGUGGAAGAAUUCCGGAUCCAAUUCGUUCCUGGAAAGAGUCCGGCUUCCCCAAAGAGAUCCUCGAUAUAAUUGACAAAGUCGGUUACAAGGACCUGACCCCAAUCCAGCGUCAGGCCAUUCCCAUCGGUCUCCAGAAUCGUGACAUCAUCGGCGUCGCCGAGACUGGUUCCGGAAAGACCCUAGCCUUCCUCAUCCCUCUCCUCCUCUGGAUAACUUCCCUUCCGAAAAUCGAACGCCUGGAGGAAGCCGAUCAGGGCCCUUACAGCAUCAUCCUAGCCCCCACUCGUGAGCUCGCCCAACAGAUCGAAGAGGAAACCAACAAGUUCGGCCAGCCCUUGGGCAUUCGCACAGUAGUCGUCGUGGGUGGAUUGUCCCGAGAGGAACAGGGCUUCCGUUUGCGCAUGGGCUGCGAAAUCGUGAUAGCCACCCCAGGACGAUUGAUAGAUGUCCUCGAAAACAGGUACCUAGUCCUCAAUCAGUGCACCUACAUCGUCCUGGAUGAAGCCGACAGGAUGAUCGACAUGGGUUUCGAACCCGAUGUCCAGAAAAUCCUGGAGUACAUGCCAGUCACCAAUCUCAAACCUGAUAAUGAAGAUGCUGAGAACGAGGAGAAACUUCUUGCUAAUUACAACACGAAGAAGAAGUUCAGACAAACAGUGAUGUUCACGGCAACGAUGCCUGCUGCGGUGGAGAGACUAGCCAGAACUUAUCUCCGAAGGCCAGCUGUUGUCUACAUUGGGAGUGUCGGCAAGCCGACAGAGAGGACAGAGCAGAUUGUCCACAUCAUGGGUGAGGCUGACAAAAGGAGAAAGCUCAUGGAGAUACUGUCACGUGGUGUUGAGCCCCCAAUUAUCAUAUUCGUUAACCAGAAGAAGGGGGCGGAUGUCCUGGCGAGGGGGCUGGAGAAGUUGGGGUACAAUGCCUGCACCCUUCAUGGGGGUAAGGGUCAGGAGCAGAGGGAGUACGCCCUGGCUAGUCUCAAGGGGGGAAGCAAGGACAUUUUGGUUGCCACUGAUGUUGCUGGCAGGGGUAUCGACAUCAAGGAUGUCUCCAUGGUCAUCAAUUAUGACAUGGCCAAGACUAUUGAGGAUUACACUCACAGAAUUGGAAGGACUGGGAGGGCUGGCAAGGCUGGGCUGGCUAUAUCAUUCUGCACGAAGGAUGAUAGCCAUCUGUUUUAUGAUCUCAAGCAGACGAUUUUGAGCAGUCCUAUCAGCACUUGCCCUCCGGAGCUGCUCAAUCAUCCGGACGCACAGCACAAGCCUGGAACUGUGGUUACUAAGAAGAGGAGGGAGGAGAAGAUCUUUGCGUGAGGGGGGGAUUAUGCAAUUGGCGCCAGGAAAUCCAUAGGGGUGAAGAAUGCUGACGUCAAAAAUCCUAUUCCGGUUGAGUCAACAAAAUUGUGAUGUCACAAAUUCACCAUUUUCAUUUGUCAUUUAAGUACUUUUUCGGUUCAUUUUUUUUAUCAUCAGGAUUAAUAAUAAUUGAUGAAUUAACAAUUUGAUGAAUAAUUUAUUAAAGGGUCUUGUAAUACUUAAUCCUCUCAUUGGACCCUCCCCACGCUUGAUAAACUCCUUAACAAAUAUUUUGAAAUAAAAAUUGUUAGUUUCUGUUUUUCGUUUCCUUCUUUUCAUUUUUUGACAUAAAAAUACUUUAUUUAAUGAUAAAUCUUACAUAUUUUUUCAUUAAUAAUUUAAUUACUCUUCCACUUAGUUUCGUUAUUUUCGUCAAUUUUUUCGUUAUUAUUCACUUAACUUUGGUUAUUAGAUUUAUUAUGAGGUUUCUUUGGUUUAGUUAAGCUGGUGGGGGUGGGGGGAUUACGUAGUUAGGGUCAGGUACUCGGCAGUCCUCGGAAUAAUCUCCCGGAAGGACUCUCUCCACUAUCUUGGCGAAUUUCUCCAGUGGACAGGCGAUAUCACAAUUUUUCAUCUUCAGGGGCUGGGUCUCGUAGUCCGGUGCAUUCCUCUGGAAUAUCUGGUGAAAAAAAAAUGUUCACAUUUUUUGGGUGUUCUCAAGAAUGUGUUCAGACAUUUUCAACAUCAAAAGUUAAUUCAACGGUCAUUCAAGUAGGGAAAUCACCUCAAUGACUAAUGAUUCUAUAAAAAUACUGAAACUUUCGCCAUUUUCGCAAAAUAUCUCAAGAUGGAGUGCGUCAAGAGAAAAAUGUCAUAAGGCAUUUUUUGUAGAAAAUUUCGUCCUGUACGAAAAAGGUUAGACACAUUUUUCUCUAAGUCAACUUAUUAACGAGAUAAUCUCCUAAUCAAUAAAACACCCCAUGCCUAAUUGGAAUUUAUCCCAUAAUUUUUGUGCCCAAUUGGCUUCAUUAUCUCGGUAAAGAGUUGUUUUAUCGAAAAAUAUGAUAAGAAAUUUUUUGUUGGAAAUUUUGUUCUCUACAAAAAAGUGUUUAACACAUUUUCUUCUAAAUCCACUUGUUCUCAAGAUAAAUCCGCGUGAAAAAUAGCUCCCUUUACAGACUAUCGUGAGAAUUAAAAAAAAAAUCGCUAGAUUCAACUCUGGAUAUUUGUAUUCAAUUAAGCAGAGAACCGAGCAACGAAAAGGGCAAAGAGUUUUUCACUAAAUUCUAUACACGAAGACGAAAACCUUGGUUUUGGAAUAAGAACAAACUUCCACGUAGCACGAUAGUCUUGGUCAAUAGGGCUCGGGCUAAUCAUUACCACUUGGUUGCAUCUCUCAAACGUAAAAAUAUUACAGAAUCUGCUGAAUGAAGAUGUGGGCAUCCCUCUGAGGAUCUUGAUCAUGUCCUCUGGGACUGUCCACGAUACUUUUGCAAACCAACGGAUUUACACAGCCAUUCACAAGUGAUCGCAUUCUGAAAAACUUGGACCUAAAAUGUAUUGAAAUCGUCUCCAAUUUUCUCACUGUCUGUAAAAUUGAUGUAUGAGCUACCACAAACUACUUCACUAAUCUGUAAAAACUUCAGUAAACAAUUUCUUUUUUAAAUUUAUUUUUACAUAUAUAUAUGUAGCUGUAUAAACCUAUUGGUUUCGUGCUUAAUAAAAAAAAACGUGAAAAAUAGAAAAUGUCCAAUUCUUGCCUGCACAUUCCAUCUUCCAUUUUCCUCGUGCAAUUCGAUGAUGACCAUGGAUGAAUAUCCUGGUGGCUCUCCAUCCCAGAGUCCCAGAGCACUCAGGACAUUGACUAGAGUGCUGUCAUGAGCCACAUAAGCGAACAUUUUUCUAUCUGCUGGGGUCAGCGUUCCAUUGCUUCUCUCUUGCAUUUUUCUUAAGGCUUUUUUCACGAAAGGUCCGCCUGAUAAUUUUCUCAAUUCCUCGGUGAAGACGUUCAUUCUGUAGCUCAUGAUGACAGAGGGCAACAUUUUGUCUGGGAAAUAGCGUUUUACCCAUGAGGGGAGCAAUAGAUUCGCCAUUU